AUGGACGUGUUCAAGGUCAGGCUGAACUGCAUCGACCACUACCAAUCCAUCCCGACCAAAUAUGAUCCGCGGCUGCGAAAGGACACGCGCGCAUCGCAACUGAGCAAGGAGCCACGGGUCCCCGUCGUGCUCGUCUUUGGCUCGACCGAGACAGGCCAGAAGGUGUGCGCGCAUAUCCACGGCGCCUUUCCCUACCUCUUCGUCGAGUACCCCGGCACCUUGGCGGCCUCCACCAAUAUCGGUGCAUACAUCUACAGCCUGCACCUGUCCAUAGACCACGCUUUGGCCGUGAGCUACCGCCAGAAGGUCGUCCACGGACGGGACCCGCCCAAAUAUGUCGCCCGCAUCACUCUCGUCAAGGGCGUGCCCUUUUACGGCUUCCACGUGGGCUACAAGUUUUACCUCAAGAUCUACAUGCUGAAUCCAGCAGUCAUAUCCCGCCUGGCCGACCUGCUGCACCAGGGCGUCAUCAUGAAGCGCCGCUUCCAGCCAUACGAGGCUCAUCUACAGUACCUCCUGCAGUUCAUGACCGACUAUAACCUGUACGGCUGUGCCUACCUCGAGGCUGGCAAGUUCUCCUUCCGGACUCCUGUUCCCCAGUUCGCCGACGACCAUGAUCAUGUCCCCCAAGAGUCGGCCCACAUCUGGCACAGUCGCUCCAUCCGCCCGGCCCUAAUCACUGACGACGACUGCUCGCUCCCGCGUGCCAGCCACUGCGCCAUCGAGGUCGACAUCUGUGUUGAGGACAUUCUGAAUCGAAGAAAAGUCAAGGAGCGCCGCCUGCACCACGACUUUGUUGAGCGGCUUGCCCCGCUGGACCCAAAUAUGAAACUUGUGCACAGCAUGGCGGACCUCUGGAGGGACGAGACGCGCCGCCGUCGCCGGAGGCGUAUGCAACAGUCGCCCUCGGAGGACGACCUCGACAGCUCGACCCCGUCACCACCCGAGGUCUUGGUCUCCAUGUCGGCCGAUCCUCGGGUCUCGCAGCCGGCGGGCUGGCUCCACGAGGAGGAGCUUCGCGAGGAGGUCCGAGCCCUCAUUGCCGCCGAGCGUCAGCUGGACGGCGGCAACCAUGUCUCAUUUGACCAGUGGGUCAAGCCAGGGCCCAUGGAACACAAGGUCAGGACGGUGCUAGAAUCAGUCGAGGAUCUGUAUCCGAGGAACCUUGCAGCCUCCCUUGGUCUUGUCCCUCUGGAAGUUGUCGAUGGUGCAGAUCUCGAUCCGUCUAGUAGCAUCGAGGUCGACGAGCCAGCCGUCAUCAGGCUUUCCCAGCAAGCUCACGACAACGACGAUCCAUCCCUUGAUGAACUAGACGAGGAUCUAGUGAGCGGGGAGGGGCGGCCGUUGAAGAGGCGGCCGUUGAAGAGGCGGCCGUUGAAGAGGCGGCCGUUGAAGAGGCGGCCGUUGAAGAGGCGGCCGUUGAAGAGGCGGCCGUUGAAGAGGCGGCCGUUGAAGAGGCGGCCGUUGAAGAGGCGGCCGUUGAAGAGGCGGCCGUUGAAGAGGCGGCCGUACUGGGGACGCGGCCAUCGGGUUUCUCCGGCCAGGGCAAAGGCACUCUAUCCAUGGAGUGUGUAGUUGGGGUCUAUACGAGCCACUUGGCGUCAGGCGAACAACCCCGCGUUGAUGUUACGGACGAGCUCCUGGCUGCUGCUCAAGCCGAGGGUUUGCUUGCCGAGGUGGCAGGCUCGUCUCCAUCGUCUAGCGAUGGCGAGGGCGUAUCAUCGCCCUUGCCCUUGAAGCAGCACCUGGAUCCGAUGAUCAACGAACCCGAGGCAAAGCGGCCACGAGAUGAUCAUACGCCGCCCUCUGCGCAGCCGCCACCCGUCGACGAUUGGACGCCAACCUCCGCGCAGCCACCAUCCAUCGACGACUGGACGCCACCCUCCGCGCAGCCA